AUUAACAACAUUUAUCUAUGUACUAUAGGAAUAUUUUUAGUUUUUAGAUUUUAGAUGAACCAAUAAUGAGUUAUCCUGUUCACGGCAAGAGCUUUUUUUUUUGACACGCCAAAGCAGCUUUUACAAAAUCAACUAACACUUCAGCGACUACUACAUAUAUUCUAAAAUGCCUGAGAACUAUAAAAAUGGAAUAUUUACAAUGGGACAUCGGAUUAAUUGGUCGUUUGCAAAACUCAUUUAAUUAUUCAGUUACAUAUGUACAUACGCAUGUAACACGUAUUUAUGUAUGUGAGGAGAUAACAAAUUGGCACACGCGUCGUAUGAGUAAUAUUUAAUGCAAUUUUAAAAUAUCAGAUGGACAGUAGCAACUCUCUUCGACUAUUUCAGAGGCCAUAGCGCAUUUCGAUAGACGAUAUCAACUAAAAAAGAAUAACGAGUGGUCAUUACAUUGCUUUAAUAAUUUUCGAUAUCCUUAAGUGGAAUUUUCAUAAAGAGUAAGCAGAAAAUUGGAAAGAACCAAGUGAGCUUUACACACAAAGUAGUAUAUAAUUAACAUUUAUCAGAGCAAGAGAUCUUUGUCAAGGUCAGUAUAAGCGAUAUUUAAUAUUUAGUGUUUUUGAAAGUCGAAGUGUUUUUAAUAAAAUGCAUUUUUAGUACACUUUGUGAACAAUUUAAAAAAAUGCGUGGAGUGAAAUUGCCCGAAUCAACAUUAAUUGCCGUUAUGACGCCUUACUUAUGGGUAUUGUCCUUGUUUGCUGUUGUGUUGCCACCAUAUUACAUACUACGCACGAUUCCACCGCAUCGCCAUUGGUUGUUCUAUGUGAUUCGCACAGUUUUCGUGCUAUAUAUGCUGGUGCAAUUGAUCAUCAGUUUUUGGGUCACCUAUAUCUACACUAAAAUGCUACGAAGUUUUUUGUUGCGCAACUCUUUGGACAUUAUGACUUGUGUUUUGAGUAUUGGCAUUAAUGUCGUACAGCUAAUAGUGCAAAUGGCGAUAUAUGUGCAAACGAUAACUAAGCACCGUUUACUACGCGAAGCAGUGCAUGACAUUGUACAGUUAGAAACGGAUAUACGAAAACACCUAACGAUCGAUGGUUCAUUGGCAACUUUUCGCUGGCGUUUAGCUCUUCGUGUUGGCGUUUGGCUCAUGAUCGUCUCCACUUUUGUGCCCUAUCUAAGCUAUGUGCUCUAUACCACGUCACUUCACCCGAUUAAGCGUGGAAUUAUUGUAUUUUUCAGCACAUUAAUUCAUUUGAAAGGUGUUGAGUAUUGUGUUAGUGUGCAACUGAUACAGGAGCUGUUAUAUUUGUUGCAACAACAGUUGGUGCAUUUGAGACGAGAACUGCUGCGUUGUGAAAGGGUGGAGUUGCGUUGGAGCUUAUACGAUGACUUGCAAACGAAUCAGAAACUUUUGGCGCGUAUUUGGAAUCUACUUAACCAAGUCGAACGGUAUUUUUGCAUUCCAAUGCUUAUGCUCUUCUUCGUCAAUGGUUUUGCUAUAAUACAAGCUAUACACUGGGCUUACAUCCGAUUCGAGCGGGAUGAAUUCAACGUGCGUUUAUAUCGCAUAGCCUACACCGCCAUGAUAAUUCUAGCAUUGCUUAUACCCUGCUAUUUGAGUCAGUGCUGUAUUGAUGAGUAUAACCGAUUCGGCACAAUAUUGCACAAAUUGAAGACUCUGGGUAUCGAUGAGCAGCUUAAUAUGCGUUUACAGGAGUAUUCGCUUCAAUUGAUGCAUCAAAAGACGCUAUUCACCUGCGGUGGCUUCUUUGAAAUAAACUUGAAGAAUUUUGGAGCGAUAAGCCUAACAAUUACCACAUAUAUUGUUAUACUUAUCCAAUUCAAAUUACAAGCAGAAACUGAGAAGAAAUCAAAUAUUGGAAUUCGUUUUGAAUAAUAUGUACAAAUCAAUUAAUAAAUAUUCUUAUUAUCUGUUUAUGUAUACGUUUGUAUGUAUGUAUAUGAUAUGUUAAAAGUACUAAUAUGGAAUAAUAAAAGUGUAACAAAAAAAUCGAUUUUAAAAUUUAUCAUCAUCAACAAUUUUUUUUAUUUAUCAGGACUCACAUCUUUAGCUCUCUGCUUAAAAAUUAAUUUUAAACACUAUUGAUUCAAAUUAUCAACUUGAAACAGAUGUAAUUAA